UUUUAAUCGUCUGUCUAUCCUCACUGUUUGCAGGAUCAGAAGUCAAAAGGAUAGCGAUGAUUCAGCAUAGAGGUGGAUAUGGAAAAAAUGAGGUUAAACUACGAAAUACGUUUUACUCGUCAGAUAUGGGCUCCCAAAUAUACUGCGCCAAAGAAACUGUAACUGUACGGAGGAAUGGAAAGUUAGAGUUCGAAACUGAAGGGGAAAACCAGUCAACUCCUAUUAAAUUACAAAAUUUAAUUGAAGCUUCAGAUCUUUCUACAGAAACGCCACUCGUUACCGUGGGUCCGAGUAAAGACGUUGAAAUACUUGAUGACAAACCAUUCGAUUUUUACUGUGGAGGAAGCAAACCUGUCGACGGACGCAGGUACUCAUGGCAUAUACAAGAUGUAAAGAAAAAAGAUCCAAACUAUUUUAAUCAACAUUUUGAUAAUUUGACAAACAUUCAUCACCUAAAACUGACUAUGAAAGAAUCCUUUCACAAGGGUCUCCUAUAUUGUUCUCAAAGCCAUAGCUUAGAACUUGAGUUACCAGAUGCCAGCACGAUAACAUAUUAUUAUGGCGAACUGGCAAAAUCAGAAACAAUUACGUUGCUUCUUCAAGGACAUGGAAGCUCAGAUGACACACCAAAGAUCACUACCACAAAGACUGACAGAGGAUCAAGGGGUCUCACAGAUAAACACAAGCAGAUUAUUGAGGAAACUUGCUACGCGUUUAUAAAACCUUGGAAUGUGCUGUCUUGGUACCAGACAGGAUCAUUAAAAGAUAUUUUACUAAAUACAAGUCAGCUACAAGACUCUAAACAUAAAUCUGGACAGUGGAUGAGACUCAACUUGAAAAAAACCCUUAACAAGACUGACAUCGGUACUGAAAUAUACUGUGUCCAGGAAAGCGUUCUGUCAAGUGGCUUAUUUGUAACAAAAUCGUCGAAAAACCCAGUUGCACUCCCGUCUACAAUAAAUACAUCUUUAGCGUCGCCCCAUAUCGCAACAGAGCCAAGUAAUGAAGUUAUUAUUUUUGAUGAAAAACAAGAGUUGAAUUUCGUUUGCGGGGGAAGCGAGCCUCUGGAUGGACGCAAUUACACGUGGUACAUACAAGAUUUACAUUCAGAUCUCCAGCGACCAGAACAACAUUUUGAGAAAUCUACAAAUGUCAACAAUUUGAAGUUGAUCAUGACAGUUUCCUAUCAUGACAGUUCAAUUUUUUGCGCUCAGGAUUAUUCAUUAAAUCUAGGAACGUCUGCUAAGCCUUAUAAGAAAUUUGUUCAAAGAUACGGAGAGCUAGCAAAAUCAACCGUGAUCAAGCUGUUAUAUCGACUAAAAGGGAACUCGCAAGAUGAACCACAAGUGACCCCAAAAGAUCACAUAGACCAGGGUCAAUCAUUCACCAUGUUAACUUGCUACGCAUUCAUACGGCCUUGGGAUGUGUUGUCUUGGUACCAAUACAAAGGAUCCGACCAAUCAGAGCAUACGUUGCUAAAAACAAUUCAGCUCCAAAACACUACAUAUGAAGCAGGACAGUGGAUCCAGCUGACACUGAAUAAAACCCUCCAGCCAUCUGAUAAUGGAAGCGAGGUCUACUGUGCGAAGCAGAGCGUGCUGCCAGGUGGUAACUAUUCGGAGGAAAGAAUAGACAGCCAGCUUAUUUCACUUACGUUUCAAAAAUAUAUUACACCUUUGAAACCUGUCACCACGAUUCAUCCAAAAUCUGUAAACUUCGAUAUCAACGCCACGGUGCAAUUUACCUGCAGCGGCAGUAAUCCUGUAGAUGACAGGAUUUACGCAUGGUUUAGGAUAGAACCUGACAAUAAUCGUGCAGUACCAUUACCGUACCGACGCUACGACGAAUCAACAAACGUGAAUAUUCUUGAAUUAACUCUUGACGAGAAAUAUAAUCAUAACAAGUUGUUCUGUGCGCAAGUGUUUCGAGCAGAUAUCCGAGACCCAAAAAACAAAUCGAAUAUCAAGUAUUAUGGUGAAAUAGCCAAAUCCGAAAUAGUCACUUUAAAAAUUAAGGGAAAAGACGAUGAGGUGAACACAUUUCCUAGAAGAUCAGAUAAACAGCACAUAAUAGCAAUGGCUGUUACAAUACCGGUAUUAAUAGUUCUCGCAGCUAUGCUGACGUUUUGGCUGCGACGACGAUCCACCGUUACUGUCCACGACGUGCCUACUGCAACCCCAACGCCAAACGGAACCCCUAAACCUGCCGCGCGCUCCAUUACUACCACGCCUAAAGAGCGCCCCAAGCCCGCUGUACGACCCAAGCCUGUACUAAACCCUGAACCUUCUACGCCAGCGCCUACCGCAAUCCCUGUGACUAAUGCGCCUACAGCCAACUCUUCUACUACAAAGUCUACUGCAAAUACUAAACGCCCUGCACCCACAGCAAGACCCGCAAUCGCGACACUUCCCAAGCCUGGUGCAAGCCAAGAUCGUGCAACGCAAACCGCGCCUACAGCAACCGCAACUCCCAAGGCGCGGCCCAAGCCAACAGCGCGCCCUGAUCUCUUGACACACUCUACGCCUGCAAUCCCCGCGCCGAGGUAUACCCCCGCGCCAAGCAACAAAGAAGGCAGUGACGCCAUAUAUGGCAAUUUUAUCACCCUUUUUUCGGAUAUGGUAAGUGAAGACAAGCAACCAACGGAAGUAAUCUACGCCGCUCUGGAAUUACCAGAAGACAAGACUUUUAGGGCACCGAAGGACUUCGGUGCUCCAAAAAUAUCUGCUCCUGGAAACAUUCAUGGCAUACCCAAAACAUCCGCUUCGGCAGGCACAUCCGCUUCCACGGCCACAUCCGGAUCCGCAGGCACAAACGCAUCCACAAACCGAACAGCCGUAACAACACUAACCACGUCAGAGUCUAGUCCCUAUGCGCAAAUCAUAGGUAUUUAUACACCCCCAAAUCAGUAAAAACCUUCUAAGAAUGGAGGAAUAAAUGGAGCAUUCCAUGUUUUGUUGGUACAAGAGUUUCCUUUUCUGUGGUUAAUGGUUAAAAAUAUGCACUGAAAAAUAAUCGCCUGCUAUAAACCCGGAGUAGAAAGUCGCAACGCAGGAAAUAAAACGCUUCUGUACGGGACAGCCCGUGGAUUUUUUUUUAUGAUAGAGGAGGCAAACGCGCAGACGGAUCACCUGAUGGUAAGCGAUUACCGCCGCCCAUGGACACCUGCAACACCAGAGGAGUUUUAAGUGCGUUGCCGGCCUUUAAGAUGGGAGUCCGCUCUUUUCUUGAAGGUUUGAAGGUCGUAUCGGUCCGGCAAUACCGCAGGUGACAGUUCAUUCCACAGUUUAGCUGUGCGAGGCAGAAAGUUCCUGGAAAAACGCACAGUUGAGGACUGCCAACCAUCUAAGUGGUGAGGAUGGAAUGCUCCAAAUCAAGAAAACUAACAGCAAGAUCGACUCUAAAAUAACAAUAUGUUAUAGUUUUAAACUGGUUUUGCUACAACCUUGACGAUCGUCUGGUGAUUAGCGCACGGGACGUGCUGGCACUUGGUGAUUUGCACGACAUUCACUUUAUUUCUCAUGCACCGAUCUUCAAGGCCUUAUCAAAAAAGGUCAAAACGCCCAAUAGCUCAUCGUCUUUACAAAAUAGCGUUUCUCGGAUGUUCAGCGCCAUCUAUUGAACAGAACUUGGAAAAAAGGUCAUAAGGAUAAAGGCCGUAGCAGGAUAAGGCCAAGUUUUAUGCCGACUUUUACGCGGCAUUGUGUGGAAUGUCAUUAUAAGUCGUAUUUUCAUUAAAAAUAACGAUCAGGGUUCCAUUUCAGUACUUUUUCUCUGCAAAAACUGUGCAUCUUGGUUAGACUCUAGUGAAUACAAAACCCUUAGAUUAAGUAUACAAGACAUAGGUAUUAAUGAUUUAUUUACCUUUAAUUAUUUUCGGCGAAAAACUUUGUUAAAAAUGCCUAAGAUGUAAGUGUAAGAAUCUUUAUAAAUUUACAUGUAAGGGUAAUCAUUUAGGUAAGUAAGUACUAUUUAUUUUGUGCAGGUAUGCAACAAUUUAUUUCUGUUUGUUGCCAGGGUCUAAAAUACGUGUGAUACCUCAUGGAUUCGGAAUGAUGUAUAGACAAAUGUAUUCAAAGCCUUUAUUAGCAUUCAUAAAAUUUCAAAAGU